UCCAACAUCUGCAACGAAGUGGCUCUCAGGCUUCUGAUGGCGAGGAAGUCCACCAGUUCCUACAGGCUCAUCUACUGCACUAGCUUGAGGCGCUUGGGUGGAUGAGCAAGAUCUCAGAGGGGAUUCAAGCAAUCUUAGCCUUAGAGGCUUAUGUUCAGGUUACUAAAAGCCCUUUUUUACACGCAUUUAUCCAUGAUAUAAAGCGAUUUGUAUUAUAUAAUCAAUUAGUGAUUGAACAAGCACCUCUUCAGUUAUAUUGUGCGGCUCUGCUCUUUGCCCCAGAGAACAGCAUUACUCGAAGGCAGUUUAGGCAUUGUAUUCCACCUUGGAUUCAAUUCAAACCAAGCAUUGGUCGCAGGCAAUUAAGAGAUCGCAUGCGAUAUUGGAUGAAAUUGAAACCAAGAGUGCAAGCACCUUGGAAUGCUGGGCUGCAGACGCUCGAGGGCCAUACUGGCAGCGUCACGUCUAUCGCCUUUUCCCCCGACGGCAAGCAAGUCGUCUCUAGCUCGAGGGAUCGGACGCGGCUCUGGGACGCCGCCACAGGGAAGCGGCUGCAGACGCUCGAGGGCCAUACUGGCAGCAUCACGUCCGUCGCCUUCUCCCCUAACGGCAAGCUAUUGCCAAUCUUACGAGUAUUUAAUCAUUGGGUAGCGGAAAACGACACAAAUAUUCUUUGGCUGCCUCCCAAUUAUCGGGAAACUGUUUCAGCUACUUGGAACAGAAGUCUUGUUAUAGGGCAUUCAUCUGGGAGAAUUUCAUUCUUUUGCUUUAAAAAAGGAGCAAAUCUUAUUAUAUAGAAUUAACGAAAAUAGUUUAUUUCUUGGAGGGU